GUUUGUAUGAAUGAAGUGUGAAGAAAGGUGACCUGUAGUUUUCUACAAAGUGGAAUUGUGGCUGUAAUAUUUAAAAAAACCAGUUUGCUCGGAGUGAUUGCGUACUGUAAAACAGUUUCUGAGUUCGCUCGUCUCGGACCGUGGUUUGACCGUUUAUUUUCAUAACAGUGAAGGUCACUCGAUCGGUACACAGUAAUGGCUCCGAUAGUGGACAACAACCAGUUUGAAUUGUUACCACCGCCACCAGCAGUAGAAACUCCUGGCAAGAAACGCAAACGAAAUGCAGAAACCAAUCCGUUUCUUUCCUUCUCGGACCAAACAUUCAGCAUUCCGUCAUCCACUCCAAUUCACAACAAACAGAUCGAUGGUAGUGCCUUCGAGAAUCCUAGCUUCCGUUACAACAGUAGCAACAAGGAGAAUUACAACAUUUUCUCCGAAUCAUGCAUGGAGGUGAAAUCGAUUGCCGAACUGGCAUCGGUUGCCGGGGAAAACCCAUACGAGGUGAUUAGAAAACCUCCGAAGAAAAAGAAAAAGCAAUCGGAUUUUGAGGACAGUUGCUUCGUUAAUCCGGGAUUAAACUUAGCUGCAAUUGAUAAGCCAUCGGUUAACCCGUUCGAAGUUGUACGAAGCGAGGAACCAGAAAGAAAAGGAAAUGAUUCCUGCUUUGUAAACGGCGCACUCAACAUCAAGGGACGAGAUAAGGGAGAAGGAAUUAAUCCGUUUGAGAUCCUUCGUCCAACGGCUGCGGUUGAAGCAGCUGUACGCGAGAGCAGUUCGGCCGAUGGGUUGAAAGGUAUAGAAAAUCCGGCUUUGGAAAUGCCGACUUAUGCGUUGGCUGUACCGUUUACUCCAUCGAUUAAUCACCGAAUAAAUUUUCAGGAACUAUCACCGAGUGCCUUAACUCCUUGUCAGAUGCUUACCAAGAAUUUGGUCUUUAGCCCAGACCCGACCAAAGACAGCAACCUGAUUACGCCCAAGCGUAACGCAAUCGUCACGAAGCGUAAAUCACUUUCGGUUAUCAACGAAGAACCGUUGGAUAUCGGAGAAGAGCUUGAUUGCUAUCAGCUGGAACUGGAAAACAGCAUCAACGAAGCCAAAGCACUGAAGCAGAAAACCGUUGGGGAUUCGACGGGUGGCCGGAAAAGUCGACGUAGUUUAAUAGAUGUCAAGCACAUUAGCAAUCUUUCGAUGAAGUUAGAGCAGCUUGAAGAGUCGGACGGUGAAGGUGAAGAACGUGAAGUUACUGAAUCGGUUGAGCCAAAAACCGAAGAGACGACUAAUAUAACUGAAAUAACCACUCCAGCUCAAGCAACAUUUACUGUUGUUAAAGAAACUUCUAUCAGAGAAGAGAUUCGUAUCAACGUGACCAAUCCGGACGUUCAAUUCGAAGAAGUGGAUGACUUUGAAGACGAAGAACAGGAUGUGGAUUUGUUUGCCAAUCCGGCACCUUUUCAGCGAGCAUAUCGAAAGAAGGAAGACCCAAAACCUCAGCCGGAAGCUGAUUUCAAACAACCGGAACCAGUGAGUGCCGGCCUCAAAUCACAUAAAUUUAAAGAAACCAUCCGACGCAGCUUUCGGAAGCUAAUGCAUCCUAAACAUCAGGAGUUAGAGGUCGAAUGUCACGAGAAGCCUAAACCGGAGGAACCCCACAGCGGUGGUUUGAUGUCCACCAUUCGUCACAGCUUGCGUCGAAAGACGCAUAAAGGUAAGGCGGAAGAGGAAGAAGAUCGACAGAACGACGAGGCGGUGUUGGAGAUGUCUAUAAUAGUAGAAACACCAAGGACGGUGUUUAAACAACCGUCUAACGAUGGAUACAAACCCAUUGCCGGUGGUUCGGUUGAUAAGAUGGGAUCAACGCUGCGCAGCAGUUUGCGCAGGUCGACCAAAGACAUGAAGAAGCACGUGAUGAAAAGUGUGUUCAAGCAAAAGGUGGGCGACGAGAAGUAGUAGGUGUUGGAAAAUAUUCACGGAACAUACUACAAAAAUUUAAGUACCAAAAUAUGAAUACCAAAUUACUAACAUCAUUGCCAGUGUUUAAUUUUAAACAUUAUUUAUCUAUAUUUAUUUGUUGAUUUGUAAACAGGCUUCUUCUGCAUUAGGGCGGAUUGUUUCUUUGAGAGAUUGGGAUUUGCUGUGACGUAGGUAGUAUACUUAAUCGCAACAGCAAAAUCAAACGGGGCUCAGAUUUGAAUUAUCCAUAUUUGUUUGAAAAAGAUUCCUCGUUUGGGCAGGAAUAUACUUAAUUAUAUUUGUGUAACUAUUUAGCAUAUCGAAUUAUAAGUGAAAAUGUACUGUUUUUAGGUUAAAAUACUGCUCUAAUUUUUAUCAGAACUUUCCGACUAAGCAGUUUUAGUAUUAUUAAAAGUUAAAUUUUACAUUCUACUUUUAGACCAGUAUUUGUUGAAGAGACUCAAAAAAUAGAUUAACUGAUAAGAAUUUACUUACCAGCCUUUGAAGGCUGGUAGCAAGCGCACAUGCGGCAAAUAGUAGCCGCAUGUACCACUAUUGCAAACUGAUUUUGAGUAAAUUUAAAAAAAAAUCUUAAAGAUAAAGAUCUCGUAAUUCUGAGUUUUUCUAAAACAAUUAACAAUCGCUUAAUUGGCGCUGACAGAAUGAUUUUUGUCAAAGUUUAGUGACCAUGAAAGUAACAUGUGAAGAAAAGAAAAUGUGCUUGCCGCAUCUUUAUCCAAAGAAAAAAAUGAUAGAUUUUAUCAAAAUAGAACAAAUAGUUUAAGAUUUUUUACUAUCAUA